UCGGUUCUUUCAAGUGGCCAUCUUGGUUUCAUAUGUACUGAGAGGGUGAGCAUCAGGUUUCCGUCCCCCACCCCCUAAGUAGAUUUGACACUCAUCCCCAGGCUAGACUCGGAACGCUUGAGACCAAGAUGGCCACCUGUAAAACAAAGUGCUUGAUCUGGAUGAUCUGAUGGAAAAGUGGGGGACUGUGAACAGUGUAAUAACAGUCUUUUUUUCGAAAGUAUAGUGUAUAAAAUGAUGAUGUUUUUUAGGUCGGUGCAUUUGGAGAUCCUGAAGCUGCGUUGGUACAGUUUUCCCAUCACAGUGAAGCUAAAGCAGCACACUCUUGUCCUGAUGCUGUCCUUGGUAACCGGUUUAUCCGAGUGUUCUGGCACAAUCCUGACAGACAACAAAACAAUAAGGUGGGUUAGUGUAAACUUGUCCCAAAAUUUAGAAGGUUUAUAGAACAUUAUUGUUAUUUAAAUUCCAAAAAAUUUUAUUGUGCGUUUUAUUUUAUAGCCACUAUAAUGACUGUUGAAAACUGAUGACUGAUGUCUUUUAAAACUGCUAUCCAUGUUUGAAAAGCAGUCACUUUGAAUGGUCAUACCCUACCAAUUUUAAUCUCAUAACCAGUGCUAUUGACUGAGCAUAUACUGAAUUGAUACAAGACUCUGAAGAUGACUACUGCACAGGUUGUCGAAAUGUCAGUCAGCAUCAACAACAGUCCUAUUCAGGACUAUUGUUCACUAUGAAACGACUCCUGGGUUCAAACCUUUUACAGUGUUUCAUAUGUUGUGGACGGUUCCAAAUGCAUAUCUUGUUGACAGUUUCUUCUGUUAUGUGUACUCUGCAGUUGUGGGUUUCCUCCACACACAUGUCAAGUUUCAUGCACAGAUGGUUAAGCAGUUAGGUUUCUGUCCUAAAUCUUCAACUGCACCAAAUAAUCCUGAUGGGAAAUUAAAAUAGGUGUUGAUUUUUCAGUACCUAAUGCCUUGGUCAUUACAGUGGAACUCCGAUAUAAUGAUUCUUGAUAUAACGAUGUAAGUAAGUAAGUAAGUAAUAACUUUAUUUAACGAGGGUAAAGACAUUGAUUACUGGUCACCCAGUAGUUUUCAUAAUGGCCCUCCUACAAUUAAAGUAAUAAAAAGUAUCGAUUAAUUAAUUAACUACCAAUAUAAUCUACCAACGAUGAAUAUUCUAUGUCCUGGCAAAAGUUACAUUGAAAUGUAUGGGACAGAACCCUGAUAUAACAAUCGUCGAUAUAAUGAUAUUCCCUAUAUAACAAUGACAUUUUAGUGGACUGUAUGUAAAAUCUGUCCCGAUGUAACGAUAUUAUCACAAUUCAAGCAAAAUAUUGAAUUUAAUACAAUAACAUUAAAAAAAUAGAGUAAUCUCUGUCAACUUACUUGGUGUACUUGGGCUGUACAUUAUAACUCUGAUAACAGAAACAUUGAAACAGAAAUGACUUAAGAAGGACUGUUGCAAGUGUGUCAUGCACAAUAAUGCAUUACUUGCUGGCCUCUGUCUGUUUUUUUAAGGAAAAACAAUGAAUUCGCAAACUCGAUACGCAGAGACGAGGAAAGUUGCAACUUCCAAGUGUUUAAGUUUAGUUUUGUUGCUCUUUUAUGAUUGAAACCACAGAACAUACUUUGUAAACUUUAAAAACUUAUAGUACUUUGCAAACUGUUUAAGGACAUUGCUGGGCACUUGAAAUGUUAAUUUGCAAAUCAUUUGAUAUUUAUUACAAAUAAUAUUUAGUGAAAUAACGUAUGCAGUAAAAAAGUACAUUCUAGGUUUACUCCAGCAUUUAUAACAAUAUUUUCAGUUAUUUUACAGCCAUAUCAUUACAUCAAGAGUUUCGAUUUUACGAUAUAAUUUUAAUGCUCCCUUGGCUUGUCGUUAAAUUGGACUGUAUGUUGACAUUUUCCUUAGGAUGGACAUUCAAAUCAAGGAGCCACAGCCAGUAGUGGUAACACAGAACCAGUCAAAACUGAAUCAACUACAACAGAGGAUGCCAACAAG